UGCACCGUUAUAUUAAAGGGCAUUGUUAGCGCCUCAAGAGCCACCGUAUUUUUGUCAAAAAAAAAAUUAAUUAAAAAAUUUUCGAAUGAACAUUUCGAAUGACGUUCCUAAACUAGAUAAUUUAAUUUCAUUUUUGGAAAAGCGUUCUCAGAUUUUAGAAAAUAUUCAUAAGACCACGUUCGUGAAACCAAGGUGUAGUCAAGAUAGAGUUAAACCGAAAAGCUUGUUCGUGAAAUGUAACAAUUCUAUGUCUCAUUGUAUUUUAUGUAAGCAAAAUCAUCCUGUUUACACUUGUGAUUCCUUUUUACGGCUGGAAGCCUCCCAAAGAAACGAUGUUGUGGCCAAAAACAACCUCUGUUUCAAUUGCUUAAGUGAUCGGCAUAAGUUAUCCAGUUGCAACUCUAAGAGCUGCUGUAAGAUAUGCCGAAAGCGACAUAAUACAUUACUGCAUCGAGAGAAACAAGCUAUGAUUGGUUCAAAUGUGCCAGUGGUCGUCAGCAAACCGACUCCAAUCAAGCAAGACCUUAAUCCCGACGCAAUAGAGUUUCGUGAAAGUAUACCUCACUCACUGUCAUGCAUUGACAAUGGAAAUAAGACAGUAAUUCUCUCGACAGCCAUGGUUUGGGUUUUAAAUCAUACUACCGGAGCCAGCAUUCAAGCGCGCGCAGUAUUGGACUCGGGCAGUAUGUCAAAUAUCGUUACUGGAGAUUUCGCAAGUCGUCUGGGUACCCCGCAAGAAAGAAUCGAUCUCACAGUCUCCAGUAUAAGUGGAAAUAAAACCUCGGUCAAGUUUAGGCUGAUUGCCACAAUAAUAAACGGCAAUGGAUCUUUUUCUAAGAAGCUAGAGUUCUUGGUGGUGCCAAGGAUCACGGAUUUACUCCCUGUUUCCUCUGUACACAUUAGCAAAACAGAAAUUCCACGUCAGUUAGCGGAUCCAAGAUUUGCUACACCAGGCAAGAUUGACAUGCUUAUUGGAGCUGAAGCAUUCUUUGAAAUAGUUAAGAACGAUCAAAUUCUAUCUGAAUGCAGUAAAUAUAUUCCACUUGAGCAGAGGGCAAAUUGA